AUGGAUAUUAACUUAAUUCAUUUAGAUAAUGUUAGAAAUCAUGUUCACCUGAAUGUCUUUCAUGUUUUGAAGAUAGAUAUACAGAAUACUUUUGUAAUAAGUGUCCUUUAGAUUAAUAUUAUUAAUCAAUCAGAAAUCAAUAUUAAGGAAAAUGCAUAGAAUGUCCUUAAUUAUGUUAACUAUGUGAAAUACGAUCAGAAAUAGAUAUAUAUGUAAUUAUCUUUAUUUUAUUAUUUUAUUAGAAUUUAUAACCCACUUUUAUUAUUAAAGAUGAUAAUCUACCUUAUACUACUUAAUGUCUAAAAUCUAUUAAUGAUCCGAAUGUUUAUCUAGAUCCAUAAGAUUUAAUUGCUAAGAAUUGUUUAAAUAAUUUUAAUUGUAAUCCAACAUUGUUAUAAAUCAAUAAUUUUGAAAAUUGUGAAAUUUUCUAUGACAAAUGGGAAUCUAAUAUUAACAUUAAUUAUUGUAACAAAAUGGGAAUUGAUAAAAUUAAUAUUAGAUUCAAUUUUCUUAUUAGUGAUAUUCUAAGCUGUUUUUUAGAAAGUUUUCUUGUUAAUAAUACAUUAAAAUCAUAAAUAUUUUCCUUAAGAAAAACUAUCCUUUAAAUUUUCCUCUGAUAUAGUAAUGAACUUGAUGACUAAUUCUCACUUUAAAAUAUACAAUUUUGAUGUAUUAGAAAUUUACAAUGUAACCUUCUUAAGAGGUAGAAAUUAAAAUUUUAUAAUCAAAAAUAAUAAUCAACCUGUUGAUGUAAAUUUAUUCAACUUCUCUAUUGCCAAUAGUAAUAUAUAAAAUACAUUAAGUAUUUUUCAAACUGAUAUUUUUGGAAAUAUUUAACUCAAAUAAGUUGUAAUUGUAAAUUCAACGUUUUACAAUUCCUCUUUCCUUAAUUUUGAGAAAUUUCCUAUUUCAGGAAACAUUCAAAUUGAUAAUUUAAUUAUCCAGAAUUGUACAAUCAAUUAAUCAUAGCUAUUAAUUUUCAAAUCAACUAAAGGAACAAUUUCUAUUAUUAAUUUUAUAUUUGAAGAAUCUUAAAUCUACAAUUCUACAAUUUUUAUUUUCAAUACAAAUAUUUAAAUUUAAAUACCUGUAAGUUUUACUAAUUUUAACAUUAAAAAUAAUACAUUUUAUAAUUCUGAAUUUUAAAAUAGUAAUUCAUCUUUAUAUUAAAGCUUAAUAAAUAUAAAAUUAUAAGAGAAUACUUUCUAGUACUCUAAUAUUUUUGAUUUUUAUCACAAUAUAUCGAUGUCCAAUAUUAUGAUUUUAGAUAAUUAUUUUUAAUACUCGAUAUUAUUUUUCACUUUAGAAACUUAAUUUGAAUUUAAAUUUUCUAAUUCUUUAAACUUUUUUUGGGCUAAAAAUAAUAGGCUUACUAGUUCAAACAUUUGGAGAAUCUAGUCAAGUUUAGAAACAAGUAAUUUAAUUUUAAAUCUUUUCAUUGAAGAUGUCAAUAGUGAUGAUCUAAUAGAUUAUCUAUUGAAAUUUAAAUGCUUUUAACUUUCACUAAACACAAUCUAAAUUAAAAACCUAACCAACAUAUUUAUUUUCUACAUCUAUUAAAGUAAUUACAUUAAUAUUUAAAAUGUCUUAUUGGAAGGAAUCUAAAAUUAAUAUAAAGUUCCAUUAUCAUACAAAUGCAAAUCAAUCCCAUAGUUAUAGAUUAAGUUAUUCAAAAUCAUGGGUUUUCAUUCAAUUAAGAUUAUAAUGAUUAGGAUAUAAGAUAUAUUUAAUAUUGAUGAGUCCAUCAUAGAUAUUAAUUCUAACAAUUAAGAAUAUAAUACUGAAUUAAAUUUUCUUUAAAUGAAUGAUAUGCAAUUUUUAAGAAAUCUUAUGAUUUUAUAAAAUUAAAUAGAAUUUACUUCACUAUUAAAAAUAAACUCUGAAAAACAAUUAAAUGUAAGUAUAAAUCAAAUUUAAUACUUAGAAAAUAUAUUUCACUCGUUAACAGAUUAUUCAUUUAAAAAUUAUGCAAGCUUGUUAUCUGUUAAUUGUAAAACUUGCUCUGUAGAAAUUACAAAUUAUAUUUCUAAAUUUAAUUUAUUUUCUAAUUCAUCCAGCUCAUUUGUUUAAAUUAUUUCUAAAAUUAUAAAUUUCAACAAUUAUCAUGUUGAGAAUCAUAAUCUAUUAAACUUGA